GCUGACAUUUGUCAUGCUGACUGGACAAAAAUAUAACAGGUCAGCUGCCAUGUCAGAUUUAGUGUAAAAUGCAAUUUCAUUUUAUCUUGGAAAACAACAUUCCAGAACUCUAUUUCCAUAUCAAAUGAACGGAUGCCUAGGGGAAACGCCUUCGACCGAGACAAUAGGGUUCGCAUUCAAUUAUACGAGAUUUCUGCUAAUUUGCAUCCUGGAGAUUCCGAUCAAAUGAACGAAAUUACAGUAAUUCUCAAUCAAUUGGAGUUGAUGCUGAUUUCUGCUAAUUGGAUUUGGAGUUGAGCGAAAUCUGCGAAAUCUGCAAUUUCCUUCGCAGAUGAUGUGCGAAAUCUGGAAAGGAAAAAAUCUCCUUGGCAACGGAUGUAGUUUCCUUCUAGGAUGAAAUUGUGAUGAGCGGAAUUUUAUCGGCGCCCCAAGAACGGUAAGUUUCCUUAAUUUUUUCCCCAAUUCUACUUAUUCACGGAUUUCCUUAUUACGAUUUAGUUCAUAUAUAUAUCAGUUCUACGUUAGCCAUUUCAUCAAACUUGGUUAUAAGGGCUGUUCAUACCUAAAAUCUUUGCAUAUUUGACAUGUCUACCAAACCCAUUCACCAUUUGCUGAAAAUCAAUCCAACAAGUGAAUGCUGGAGAGUGUUAGUUCGUGUGGUUCGAUUGUAUAAGAUGCCAGAUUACAAUGAUGACAAAGUCACUAAUUCGAUUGAGAUGAUAUUCAUGGACGAACAUGUUAUCAUGUGAUAACAUUACGAGUUCAGACCAAAAUGACUUCCUCGAUAUGAGCAAAACAAGGGUGAUUGCUAACCUUAAGGAGUCUAAUGAGGAUGGAUCGUAUGUGGUGUACGGGACUAUUGUUGCGGUAAACAAUGAGAGCGAUUGGUGGUAUUUAGCAUGUAAGUGUAACAGAGCUGGUAAACCUGAUGGUGCAAUGUACUACUGUGCGCACUGCUCAAAUCGUGUUUUCAAGGUCACCCCGAGAUAUCUUAUCAAGCUGUCUGUUAAAGAUGAUUCUGGAACAACCACAUUUGUUUUAUUUGAUCGUGAGGCGUCCAAUAUAUUGAAUAUAUCCUGUGCAGAAUUGAUGGAAAAAAGUGAUUUGGCUGGAAGUUUUGAAAAUCCAAAAGAGUUUGAUGAUCUCUUGCUUGGGAAGACGUAUAUUUUCAAAGUUGAGGUAAGGGUCAUGAACCGCGGCCAACAUGAACACUCUUUUAGAGUGUCAAAAGUAUGUCACGAUGAUAGCAUCAAGAAAAAAUACCUGGAAUCUAUUCAUGCAAAUAAUUCAAAAGCUGCAGCGAAUCGCGCUAUACCAGUGUACUCCGUUGAGGGAGGAGUUUUUAAACAGAACGCUUGCUAAAACAAUAGAGUCUUUGAAGGAUUGCACCGAGGAUGGAGAGUAUGCAGUCUACGGUACCAUCAAAGGUGUGGAUGGUGGAGCUGAUUGGUUCAUACCAACGUGUAGGUGUGGAUCGGAAGUGAUUCCACGGAAUGGCUUUUACUACUGCAGCGACUGUAAAAAAUGUGUUGUGAAUGUGAUUCCAAGGUAUCGAAUUAAGGCAAGAGUGAACGAUGCAUCAGAUAGUGCAACUUUUGUGAUAUUUGAGAGCCUUGGAUGUUUGUUGUUGCACAAGUCCUGCUCCGAGAUGCUGAAAUUAAGUGAGGGCGUGCCGGUAGGAUGUGAACAACCAGAUGUUUUCAAACAAAUGCUACUUGAAAAGUCAUUUAUCUUCAAGGUUGAAGUCAAGACUGCAAAUAAUAAUGAUUUUGAACCUUUCUACAAUGUGAUUGACAUAUGCUUUAAUGACCGGAUCAUUGCAAAAUUUAUGGAGAUGCACUCUUCGUUUUUCUCUCCUCAGACGGAUAAGAUUAUCGGGUAUUCAACUGAUGGGAAGACAAACCGUUGGCAAUGCAUCGUCUUGCGCAAAGAAUUUGAUUGUGGACUUUGUUGAAUCUCAAGAUAGUCAUCUGACACAACCUAGAGAUGAUAUGAUCAAUCUUACUCCCAUGAAAAGAAUGCAAGAGGAAUUGUAUAACGUUGGAGAUGAAGAUGAUUCCGUCAACAAGAUGAGGAGUGUUAAGAUUGAAAAAAAUUAAUCAUUGUCGUUAUUUCUUCAUUUGAGUAUUCUAAGUUAAUUGUUGGAUUUCAUUACUAUAUACUUUAAGUUUUAUUUUAAUAUUUGCAUGAAUAAUGUUGUUGGUUUUGAACAAUGAAUUUUAUUACACCUA